AAAAAGCAUCCAUUCCGUACUGACGAAACGAUCGCCUAAGUCGACGAUCACGGAAACAGCAGUUGACAAAACCUUCUGUGUGAUAUUAUAUGGUAGUUGAAAAGUUUUCGUUGAUCGUAUUCGAAGGAAGAUUUUAUGUGUUCUCCUUCGAAAGUUAGUGAUAAUCAGUCAUUGUGUUAAUAGAUCUUGUUCCAGUAAAAAAGCCAAGCGUCAGUUCACAAUGAGCUUCCUAUUUGGAAGCCGAUCAUCGAAAACCUUUAAGCCAAAGAAGAAUAUCCCUGAAGGAACUCAUCAAUAUGAUUUGAUGAAACAUGCAGCAGCUACUCUUGGUUCUGGAAAUCUAAGAUUAGCAGUUAUGCUUCCAGAAGGAGAAGAUUUAAAUGAAUGGGUCGCUGUCAAUACUGUUGAUUUUUUUAAUCAAAUCAACAUGUUAUAUGGCACUAUCACAGAAUUUUGUACAGAGGAAAGUUGUCCGAUAAUGUCAGCAGGUCCAAAGUAUGAAUAUCACUGGGCAGAUGGUCAUACCGUAAAAAAGCCAAUAAAAUGUUCAGCUCCAAAAUAUAUUGAUUAUUUAAUGACAUGGGUACAAGAUCAAUUGGACGACGAAACAUUGUUUCCUUCCAAAAUCGGCGUACCAUUCCCAAAGAACUUCUUAUCAAUUGCAAAAACAAUAUUAAAGCGAUUAUUUAGAGUAUAUGCACAUAUUUAUCAUCAACACUUCAGCGAAGUUGUACAGCUUGGCGAAGAAGCGCAUUUAAAUACGUCUUUUAAACACUUCAUAUUUUUUGUUCAGGAAUUCAAUUUAAUUGAACGAAGAGAAUUAGCACCAUUACAAGAAUUGAUAGAGAAGUUAACUGCCAAGGAUGCACGAUGAAUUAUUCAUGUGAUUGUAUACCCAGAAACUCCUCCAAAGAAUCUCACCCACAUGGUAUUUGCUAACAAAUGUGUAAUUGCAUAUAAUAUUAUGGAAUUAAUUACAUUAAUUACAAUAGGAUUUUUCUUAUAAAGUGUGGGUCAAUGGUUGAAAGGAGGUAUUUAUUUGACAUUGGAAUAAGCUAAUACCGAUUUUCGCAGUUUUUAUUUUGAAUGAAAAAAAGAAAAUGAAAAAAAAAAAAAAAAAAAAAAAAAAAAAAGGAAGCUUAGAAUUUAUGUUGAAUAGACUAUU